CCCUGAGAGUAAAAAAAAAAAAAGUGAAGCUUGCAGCAAUGGGUGCCUCUGAAUCUGCCCUACUAGGUUCUUCAUCGAGUUCGAGCGAUCAAAUCACUACAAUUUCAAAGCGAUCGGAAACAAUUGAUCCCAUUUUAGAGAAGCUCAAAUCCCUUAAAAUUACGUCUCCGAUACUGACGGCGCCGCCGACGGAGGGUAGCUUAACUGACAUUUUAGUGAGAAAACCAUCAUCAUCUUCGGCUCAAGGUACUGUGAAUCCGAAGGUGUUGCUGGAGCUUUUCUCAAUGUAUCGUGAUUGGCAGGAGGAGAAAGCUCGAGAGAUUAGCAAGAAACAGGAAGAAAUAGAAAACAAAAUAGAAGUUGCAGAUGCUUUGGCAGUUAAACUUCUCCAACGUUUUAAUUACUCAGUUUCCACGAUGAAGACGACUUCACAACAUUUCUCAGAAGUUCACACAUUGCAAGUGGAGCUUGGGGAUCUUAAAGGAAGGUUAACUGAGGUCCUUAGCAAUUGUGACUCAUUGUGUAAGAGAAUUGCAGCGGAGGGGCCAGAACCUCUUCGAUCGUCCAUCAAGCCAUUCACAGUUGCCACUGCAAACUCGACAGCAAAUCAAAGUGUUGAACCUACAAAUCAAAGUUCAAUAUCUAUAGAAGACAAAUUAGAGUGACACUUAAAAGUGUCUCAUCCGUACAUAAUUGACCUAUUCUUUUACCAUUAACACUUCUUUGAGAUUUUAGUUAUUUUGUGUACUUGCAUUAAACUUUGAAUACAGAUACUAUGGAUGCUUUCAUUAAA